AUGUCUGCCGUUGUGGUUCUGUCGCAGUUUGAUUCACUGGUAAACAAAAUGGAAUCAGUCAGCUUGAAGCUCUGUCAAAAACGUAUUCGCCCAUCUACGGACCAAUUAACUGAGUUCCGAGGUUUAUACACACGAUUCAAGGCGACAUUAGCGAAUUUUGAUGCUGGAAUACAGGGAUUGUUGGCCAUCGGGUACCCCGAUGAAGAGGAUAUUCGACUUGCAAGUCGUGUCCGGUCUGCCAAGAACGAUACAUCCUUUACUCCAUCGACGAUGACGACUCUGAAAAGGAAUCUAGUUCUUAUCUUUAUGGGGCCAACGACGUUUACUUUCGAAUCCAAGCAAGUGAGAACAAGAAAUAAGCAGACUGAAACGAGAUGUGCGACACUUAGAUCUCAGCAUGCUCAUGUUAUUCUCAUGUGGGCGAUGGCGCUUCAGCCAUCUGCCUGGAAAGCUUCGGGGGGUAUGACCGACAAGACCUUUCACUUUCUCAUCGGAGACCUCCAUCACGAACGAAUCGAACAAAUUCCGCCACGAAUAUUCGAAACUAUAUUAUCUCUCGCAAAGGAGGGACCUCUAAAGGCCUCUGGACCAUUUCAAACGUUCAUCGAGAAAGUUUCCAACCCCAGCGGUGAACAACAGUCAUCCCUCAAGCGAAGACGUAUAGAAGAGACGCCGAUGGAUUCGACUGGAUUCGAAGCAACCGAUGAGGGUGGGCCAGAAGGAACCUUGGCUACUGAAUCGCGUGAAAUACAUCAUAGCCACAAAAAUAAUUCAACAGCGAUACAGCAAAACAGACGUGAGAUACCAUGA